ACAGGUUGUCAGAGGAGGAGGGGCGUGUCCUCUCUGUUGUCGGGAAAGGAAACUGAACAUUGCUCGUCAGCUGAUCGACCUUCUUUUCCACAGAGAGAGAAAACAUCAAGGUCUGUGACGUCUGAACAGAUAUGGCGUCGGCCAACAUUCCCCUGUCUGAAGAGCAAUUUAAGUGUUCAAUCUGCCUGAAUGUUUUCAAUGAACCUGUUUCCACACCUUGCGGACACAACUACUGCAAAGGCUGCAUCACAGGAUACUGGGCCCUCAAGGACUUCAGUCAUUGUCCACUGUGCAGCAAGAAGUUCCCCUUAACCCCUGAGCUGCAAGUCAACACAGAAUUUAGAGACAUGUUGGAUCUUUUCAAAAGAGCAAGAGCCUCAGAUGACGACAGUAGUCCCCCUGCCCUGCCCGGGGAUGUGCCCUGUGACCUCUGUCAGGGGGGGAAACGUAAGGCUCUGAAAUCCUGCCUUGUCUGUCUGGUCUCUUACUGCAACACUCACCUGCAGUCGUAUCACACCAUUCAGGCCUUCAAGUGGCACAAGCUGAUCAAUCCUGUGGCGACCCUUCAGGACAGAAUGUGCAAGAGACACAACAAGGUCAUAGAGUUUUUCUGCAGGAAAGACCAAAGCUGCGUUUGCACUGAGUGCUUGAGGGACGAUCAUGCGAUGCAUGAAGCUGUCCCUUUACAUGAUGAGUUAAAUGAUCGGAAAACUGAGCUUCAGUGUAGGAAAAGGGCAGUCGACCGCACGAUGAGCCGGAAGCGCAUCAUGUCUCAGAGGAUUAAAAAAUCUGUAAAGGAAGGUCGGCAGGAAGUGGAGACAACUAAAGCAGAAAUCAUCAGGGCCUUCGCUGCUCUGGUGUUAUCGAUUAAGACCAGAAAGGUGAUGCUGAUCGAGCUUUUGGAGGAGAAGCAGCAAGUAGCAGAGGAGAAGGCUGAAGCUGUACUGAGAGAUCUGCAGCUAGAGAUCAUCAAGAACCAGCAGACAAGUUCUGAGCUGGACAAGUUCUCAAAGACUGAGGAUGACUUCAAACUCCUCCAGGGCCUCCCGUCCAUCUCCUACCCAUCAAACUCCAAGCACUGCUUUAUAUCUAUAAUCCAACCUUUCCUGCACGUGGAGACCCUGAGGAGUGCGGUGGCCAAGACCGAGGAGACACUCGCCAAACACAUGGAGGAGAUUAUCAGUGAGGUCAAUCUGGCAGAUAAAGGGGAGGUCAUUGAAGAACUGAUGGAUGCAGAAACACAGAAUGUGUCUGACAAUGAGCUUGGGAAAGUCCAGCAGCAACAUGCAGUAAAAGUGACUCUGGACCCCAACACCGCACAUCCCUCCCUCAUCGUCUCAGAGGACCGGAAACAAGUGAGGGAUGGAGGCACAAAGAGAACGGUCCUUGACAACCCCCAAAGGCUUGACACGCUGACACACUUUGUCCUUGGAAAUGAGGGGUAUUCGUCCGGCAAGUUCUACUACGAAGUUGAGCUAAAAGGGGAAACGGGAUGGGCAGUUGGAGUGGCCCGGGAGUUCGAGAGCAAGAAAGGUGUUGACUUGUGUCUCAGCCCUGACAAUGGAUGCUGGACACUGGGGUCAUACUUUGGGCGUUGCCAGGCCAACGCAAAUCCUGCCGUCACCCUGCUGUUGCCUCAAACACCCCAGAAGGUGGGUGUGUUUGUGGAUUAUGAAGGAGGGUUGGUCUCUUUCUACGACGUGGAUACCAGGGCCCUGAUCUACUCUUUUACACAAUGUGUUUUUAGAGCAGGUGUACAAUUUAGGAGUUAUUUCUGGAUGAACCCCCUAUAUCCGAAAAACACCAGGAUCUACCCUAUAUUCAGACCCAGCAGUGAGGAGGGAGGCAACUCAGCUCCUCUACAGAUCACUACCGUCAGAUGCACAAAGGGAAAGUAAUGAGUUAGUUCCAGUUACACUCAAGCUCCUGGUCCUCCUGUGAUUUCUAAUGAGGACCACGAGGAGAGUUUGUUGGUGAAUGUGGAUCUACCGUCUGUUAUGUUUAGUAAAUGAAUAAUUAUAUUUCACACAAAAAAGGGUCAAAUAGAAUAUUGUUAUUGCAGAGGUGUAUCAGUGUAUCUCUAUUUUUAAAGGGAUGUCUUGUUAAUCGAGGGGGUUUUCUUGACUGUUGGUUCAGUUUGGGUGUAAAUCCAGAUUCCUUCUCUGGAUGUCAGUUAAGUGGAUUUAUAUGCUCUUUCACAAUUAAACAUUGUAAUGUCUUCCCAUUAAAUGAUCCCUAGCAAUAUCA